GUUGCAGCGACUGUUUAUAUUAAACACUUAUAUAUAUAUAUAUAUAUACCUCACCCGCAAUGUUGCUUUUCUGCCCAACAUGUGGCAACUUGUUAACAGUUGAAGAAGGCAACCAAUGCUACAGGUUCGCAUGCCCGACAUGCCCAUACGUGCACAAUAUCACACAGAAAAUCAGCAGCAAAAAGUUUCCAAAGCUCAAAGCAGUUGACGACGUGUUAGGGGGUUCAGCUGCGUGGGAAAACGUGGAUUCAACGGAAGAGAAAUGUCCAAAGUGCGAACAUGACCGUGCUUACUUCAUGCAGAUACAAACACGAUCGGCAGACGAACCGAUGACGAUAUUUUAUAAAUGUUGUAGCCCCACGUGUGGCCAUCAGUGGAGGGAAUAAAUGGUGUUUAAGUUUCUAUGUUUCUUUUAAUGGUAAAAACAGAUUCUGUUUGAAUUCAUAUGGUUCACACAGGUCUAUAAACACAUUCUAUGGAUAUACCAAAAAUCUGGGCUGGAUUAAUGUUGUUGCCACCCAUUUGGCCAUCAGUGGAGGGAAUAAAUGGUGUUUCUAUGUUUCUUUCAAUGGUAAAAAACAGAUUUUGGUUGAAUUCGAAAAUGUGGGCCUUCACUCAAUUCUACAAAUAUACCAAAAAUCUGGGCUGGGUUGUUGCCCAUUUGGACAUCAGUGAAUAAAUGGUGUUUCUAAUUUCUAUGUUUACUGCAAUAGGCCAACACUUUAUGUUCACAGAUAAGAUUUUGUCAAUAUCUGACAAGCAGUAACAAUGGCUCAAAGCCAGAGCUUUAGUUCAUGACUUUUUAUUAAUUCUUUUGUGUUGAAUUUUUUUGACUUCUCUUGACUUUGUAUAUUCUUUAUUUGAACCUUCAAAAUUUAAACGAUUAACAACGGUCUACGGGAGUCACGAGGAUACGUUUUUAUUUGUUUAAAUGUUCUUUGUUUAUUACCAAGUGGGACGAGGAAAUCGAAUGAAACGCUGUCCCGUUUUCCCCCAGCCUACUAUAUGAUAAAACCCAUAUUUCUGCCAGCACUUUUUUAGUUGUUUUUGAAGUUUAAAUGUUUAUUACCUUAUUAUUAUUUUACAAUUGCUAUUCUUUUCUAUUUUCAG